GUGAGGUGAUAGCCUUCUCCAAUGUCAAGAGAAAAAAUAAAAAAGAAAAUGUUUCAUCUUUAUCUGUUUGACGCUUUGAGCUGUAGGUUGUUGUUUAAGGCCAAGCCUGGAGUGAUUCCUUGGACCUUGUGCCCGUCAGAAGAAGCCUCACUCUCUCUCUCCCUUCUCUUUCUCUGAUGAAUUUGAUAUUCUUCACAAAUUAAAUAUAAUUUACUUUUUUGAUUUCUCCGAUCAUGUCAUCUCCACUUCUCUUUUUCUGAUGAAUUUGUUAUUCUACCCAAAAAAAUAUAAUUUGAUUUUUUGAUUUCUCUGAUCAUGGAAGUGGCAGUAGUAGUGAAAAACCAAGCAAAAAGCUCUCCCCAAUCUCCAAUGUCUCCAGGUUUCUUAACCCAUUUGCAGCCUUGUUUGGUUCUUGAGCAGUGAAACCUAAAUUUCUCAAUCCCCAAUCCAAACCCAGAAGCCCCAAAUAAGAGAGGAAAGAAGCCAUGAAAAGGGAGCAUCAGAAUCUGGAUCCACAACUUGCCGACCCUUCUUCUGCGGGUGCUGCUUCGUGUGGCGGCUCCGGUAAAGCCAAGAUGUGGGAGGAGGAUGCUGGUAUGGAUGAGCUGUUGGCGGUUUUGGGUUACAAGGUACGGUCGUCGGACAUGGCGGAUGUGGCGCAGAAGCUUGAACAGCUUGAGGAAGCUAUGGGUACUGUUCAGGAAGAUGGGCUUUCGCAUCUGGCGACGGAUACUGUGCACUAUAAUCCCGCGGAUUUGUCGACUUGGCUUGAGAGUAUGCUCUCGGAGCUGAACCCUCCGACUAGUUUUUAUCCGGUCAUGGCCGCCCGGCCGCCACUGCCCCCUUCUUCUUCUCUAGAUGUAUCUUUUCUCGCUCCGGCUGAAUCUUCGCCCAUAACUUCCAUGGAUUUUACGGAUCCUCCUAUUCAUCAACAACAGCAGAAUCGAGUGUUUGAAGAGUCUUCAUCUUCUGAUUACGAUCUUCAGGCAAUUCCGGGUAAGGCCAUCUAUACUCAAACACAAGCACAAACUCAGUUCGAAUCUUCGUCUAGAGACCACAAACGCUUGAAAACCUCUUCUGGGUCCAGCUCGGAAAUGCUUCAAACACCUUCUGUGGGUUCAUAUUCUGUCCCUUCCGAGUCAACCCGUCCUAUAGUCCUAGUUGACUCGCAAGAAAAUGGAAUUCGACUCGUCCACGCUCUAUUGGCCUGCGCCGAAGCCGUUCAAGAGAACAAUCUCAAUCUGGCCGAAGCUCUUGUCAAGCAGAUUGGGUACUUGGCGGCGUCGCAGGCCGGUGCGAUGCGAAAGGUUGCCACGUACUUCGCCGAAGCCCUGGCUCGCCGAAUCUACGGACUCUAUCUGGAAAACCCACUAGACCAUUCUUUCUCAGAAAUGCUCCAGAUGAACUUCUAUGAGAGCUGCCCUUACCUGAAAUUCGCUCACUUCACUGCUAACCAAGCAAUUCUCGAGGCCUUUGAAGGCAAAAAACGCGUUCACGUUGUGGAUUUCUCAAUGAAUCAAGGGAUGCAAUGGCCGGCUUUGAUGCAAGCCCUUGCUCUUCGCCCCGGUGGUCCACCAGCUUUCCGGCUAACGGGGAUCGGACCACCUGCUCCUGACAACUCAGACCAUUUGCAGGAAGUGGGUUGGAAAUUGGCUCAAUUGGCAGAGACGAUUCACGUCGAGUUUGAAUACAGAGGAUUUGUGGCUAAUAGCUUAGCCGAUUUGGACGCUUCGAUGCUUGAACUUAGACCGAGUGAUGUUGAGUCAGUUGCAGUGAACUCAGUCUUCGAAUUGCACAAAUUGUUGGCUCGUCCGGGCGCGACCGAGAAGGUGUUGAACGUGGUGAAGCAGAUGAAACCGGAGAUUUUGACAAUUGUUGAGCAGGAAGCGAACAAUAACGGUCCGGCUUUCAUAGACCGUUUCACCGAGUCAUUGCAUUACUACUCAACUCUGUUUGACUCGUUGGAAGGCUCGGCGAUUUGCCAAGACAAGGUGAUGUCGGAGGUGUAUUUGGGGAAGCAGAUUUGCAAUGUGGUGGCGUGUGAAGGUGUGGACCGGGUGGAGCGGCACGAGAAGCUGAGUCAGUGGCAAACUCGUCUGAACUCAGCCGGAUUCGAUCCUCUUCAUCUCGGAUCGAACGCGUUCAAGCAGGCGAGUAUGUUGUUGGCUCUGUUCGCGAGUGGGGAAGGUUACAGGGUGGAAGAGAACAACGGGUGUCUGAUGCUUGGCUGGCACACGCGUCCACUCAUUGCCACCUCGGCUUGGCGACUCGCCAACAGAUCUGUAGGUGCUCACUGAGUCGACUCAGCGAGUCGGGUCAACCCAAAUUUUAACCAAAUCACCAAUCUGAAUACCCUAGUGGGUGGGGGUCCUAAUGUGUUCAUGCUGCUGAGCUGGUGCAUCUUAAAUUUAUUGGCUUUUUUUUUCUCUGUAACUUUUCAUUUUGCCUUUUCUUUAGAGGUAUUUUUCUUGGGGUUCUUUGUGUUUUGGGUGGAAUGUUUGCUAUUUUUCGUGGUUAAUGAAAAGAUCAAAUGUGUAUUUAUUAUAUAUGUCAUUCUCUCUAUAUUAAUAUAUAUAGUUUGUUGGUAAUAAAAAUAGUACUUUUAUUUUGAAGCA